CUUUUUUUUUUUAAAUUUAAGAAGAUUCAUGAUAAGAACCCAAUUUGACUUUUCAAAAACAAAUAUCAGGAUUCAUCCAAACAAAACCCAAAAUUCCCCCAAAACACCAAAAAAAAAGAAAAAGAGGGGGGACAAGAAAUUUAUCUUCUACUGCAGUUUGUACCUGUAGAAAGCUAUAAGUGACCCCAGAGCUCACAACCACACCAUGUCUGCUGCCGUAGCUGCUGCUGCCGCCGCUGCAAAUGCCAACUCCAGCAAUUCAAGCAGUCACAGCAAUGCCACCGCUCAGUCCUCUCACAAUCCAAUGCCACCGAGCCGCUACGAAUCACAGAAACGGCGAGACUGGAACACGUUCGGGCAGUACUUGAAGAAUCACCGCCCACCGCUUGCAUUAUCUCGGUGCAGUGGCGCACAUGUACUAGAGUUCCUCCGAUACCUUGACCAGUUCGGCAAGACAAAGGUGCACGCCCCUGCAUGUCCCUUCUUCGGGCACCCACACCCUCCUGCCCCAUGCCCAUGCCCCCUCCGCCAGGCAUGGGGCAGCCUCGACGCCCUCAUCGGGCGCCUGCGAGCAGCCUUCGAGGAGAACGGUGGUCAGCCGGAAGCGAACCCCUUUGGGGCCCGUGCUGUCCGGCUCUACCUUCGCGAGGUAAGGGACCUCCAAGCGAAGGCUAGAGGCAUAGCCUAUGAAAAGAAGAAAAGGAAGCGACCUAAUCAAGUCGCUUCCCCACCAGUCACACCACCACAGGUGCAAGUGACUGAUCUGAAUUCGACGAUCGUCAAUCAUACGGUUCAUCAAGGACGUGCUAUCCAGUCCGCUGAAGCCGAUGAAACUGUAAUCAUGACAGUCGUCGAUCCUCGUGGGGGAGCACUGAUCCCACUACAUGUUUUCAACUGAUGUUAAUCUCCUCCGUUUGUCUAGUUUUGGAUGUCAUCACACUUCCCGUCGGAUAGAAAGUACUCUUUGUUACUGCAGUUCAAUGCUUUUUUAUCUCAAUUAUGUAUAUGCUAUUUAUUAAGAAGAUUAAAACACUAUGAAUCAUGUAAGUUAGGGUUAGGUUAAGGGUUCUCUGAUUUGAAUUUCAAUGACCCAUGUACUUACGUACUUGAAUAUUACUAGUAAUGUUGAAGAUCAUCCAUGCUUACAUAAAAUCCGUUGCUCCC